AUGUCUUCCGCUGGAGCUUCCCUUUAUGUCACCGACAACUUCUCCGAGCCCGUGAGCGCUCAGCACAACUUUGUCAACAAUUUUGACCUCGAUCACCCCGAGGAUGCCAUGUCGGCUUACCAGAGGAUCAUGCACGAGCACACCAAGCGCCAGCUCAGCACUGCAACCAACUCUGCCCACCGACGAACAGGCAUGGUUCAGUCUACAGAUGCUAAUCGUGCCGGCUCUGUCUCUUCCACCGACUCGUAA